ACGCCAUAUAAAAUUGAUUGCGCAUUUAGUUUUGUAAAUCAUUUGUAAAAUGAGGUGUGUGACUGUGGUUUUGCUGUUUGUGGCCAUAGGAGCCAUCAACGGUUUGCCACCGGUGAACCACGGCGUUCAGACAUCAGGCAUUGGAACUGUUAGCCAAGGAGAAGUUGUCACCAAGAAGGAUGGACAUGAUCUCUCGCAAGCUGACACACAUCGUGACCUGAGUGUGUCUGGAAGAAACAGUCAAGUGAUUUCCCAGCAAGGAGGUGCGACACGACAAAAUACUUUCGAGGGCUCCAACGAUUCCAGUGAAGUUCUGCAGCAAAACAAUGGAAAUAACGCGUACAACAACCAAGCUAACCAAGGUCUUCAGAAAGGCGAAAACCAAGGUGAAGCUGAUCAAUACAAUAUUCAGAGAAUCUUAGCAAACCCUGGAGCACCAAUAGUGUUACAGAGAGGCCCAGCUGAAGAAAUAUCCCAAACUCAUCACGCAAACCAAAAUCCAGUUGAAGCAAUAACAAAUAAACAUAAUGGAAUUUACAGAGGUGGUAAUGGAAAACAUGUCGGUCUAACUGGAAUUGUUGACGAAAACCGUGCACAGUCUAUUUCGAAUGAACAUAUCGCAAAUUUUGGCAGCGGCGAGUAUGUCAAUGGUGUUCUGAAUAAACGCGGUAAUGGUCAGUACUUGAGUGGGAUUGGACAACGAAACUACCAGGGAGGUCAGUCUGGAAUCCAGGUACAACAUGGACGAAAUAUUGGAGAGAUUAUUGGUAACAAUAAUCAUGGAAUUGAUAUUUCAAAACAUGUUGGAUAUCAAGGAUUUAAUGCUAAUCAUUUCGUAUAUGGAGGUGCACCUCAGUUUGUAAGUGGUUCUGGAAUUCAAGAUUCUGGAGAAUUAGUGGAAGAAGUUCUUUCUCACGGUCAUGAUGCGACCCAAUAUGCAGGUGGAAGUCAAUAUGAAGGUGCUGGAUCUAACGAGAAUUUAAGUGGAGUCUCAAAUCAGGGAAUAACAUCAGAUCUUUUAAGAGCAGCUGGACACCAGAACAGUAACUCUGGAAAGUAUUUGGAAGGAGUUCUCACGCACGGAUUUGAAGCUAACCAAAAUGCUGGUUUGAACGACCAUUUAAGAGAAGUCUUAAAUCACGCUGUAAACUCGGGCCAAUUGGUUGGUGGAACUGGAAACCAAGGUAACUCUGGAAAAUAUUCAGGAGGUCUUACACAUGGUCAUGAUGUCUCUGCGAACGAAUUCGGGGGAAGUUUGGAAGGACACCUAACUGGUGCCCUUAACCAUGGAAUUACUGCUGGUCAAACUGGACACCAACUCGCAAAUUCUGGAAAAUAUUUAGGUGGAGAAUUUGGACUUCACGACGCUCCUCAUUAUGAAGGAGUUGGCUCAAAUGGGCAUUUAAGUCAGAUCCUCAGUGGAAUCAAAAGUGGUCAAUUUGUAGGUGGUAAUGGAAACCAAGGUGCCAAUUCUGGAAAAUAUGUCUACGGUGCAGAUUCUGAUGAGGAUUUAAGUAGUGUUAUCAGUCAAGGAUUAGACGCAGCUCUUUAUAUAACCGGAGCUGCAAAACAGGGACUAGACUCGGGGAAAUAUCUGACUGGAGCUCAUACUAAUGGGUACCAAGGAACUGAUUCACACGAGUACUUCCAUGAUAUUUUACAUCGCGCCCUUGGUGCCGUAAAGACUGGACCUGUAGAUGGAACUAAUUCUGGACAAUACGCAAUUGAUGAUGGCGAUCAUAAUUCAAAAUACAUCAGCGAUCUUUUAACGAAAGCUCAAAAUAUCUUGAAAUAUAGAAGUGGGGCGGCUAAUGGAUUUGGCAAUAACCGUGGUCGGUAUGUCAAUCUUUCUGGUAACAAGGGCAUUAAUUACGGCCCUAACCAAGGCAUAAGAUACUAUAAUGGUGCUAAUGGUCAGUAUGUAAGCAACGCAUCGCCUGUAGUAAUAGCUGAUGAUAGUGGUAGUUACAAUAUAGGAGCAUCUGGUCAGAUAGCGAAUGGCCCGUACUAUAGAGACGGAGUAUUUGGAUCGGGACUCGAUUUUAUCUCUGGCACAGAGGGAGUUCAUCCUGCUACUAAAUUCAGACCUACCCUAGGAAGUUUGGACUUUACAGGGCACGCAGUAGCAGGAGUAAGUUCACGAAUCAAUGGAGUUGAUAAGAACAAAUCAUUCCCAUCCAAAAAUACUGAUGGAACCGUCGAUUCAGUUGUCAAUGCCGAUGCUUCUAUUAAAGUUGCUUCUGGUGCUGUACUCGACAAAGAUUCAGUGUCUAAAAAUAAGGAUAAAACUGGAGCUGUACCUGGGGACAGCGAUACUAACGCAAUUACUGCACAAGCUGGUUCCACAGUAACCUCCACCAGUGUCCAAAAACUUACAGACAGCAAUUCUGAUGAUUCUGGUCAUAAGGUUGUAAAUGAUGAGGAUGACUAUGAUACAACAUUGAUAAUCGAAACCAAAGAUGAUGACGAUAAAAAAGAUGAUGAUACAUCGACAACUGUUGAUAGUCAAUCAUCAACGGAAAUUACUGAUACUUUGAAGGAUAAGAUAAAUAACAACUCUGGAACGGACAACAACAACGAUGGAACUUCUAAGAAUAAUUUGGAUGUAUCUAAAGCAACAGGUGAGAAAAAUGAUUCAAAGGAUGGAAAUAAUAUUGGAAAGCAAGGCAAUGAUGAUGAUGGCUCUUUGGACACUACUAAGUCAGUUAAAAAAGACGUAUCCUCGCAAUAUGACAAUUUAAAUGAUGAUGACAAAAAUAACAACGGCCCGAAUGACAAAGAAUCUAAUGGCAAUAAUCCUGGAUCAGAUACAAACGAUGACAAUAUUGUCCCUGAUCAUACUGCUGUCAGCGCAUCCGAAUCUAAAAAUAUUGAUGUAACUAACAGUGGCAGCGACAAAAAUACCAUACAAACUGAUAAAAAUGACAAUUCUGGUGAUAACGUAUCCAGUAAAGAUGACACAGCAAGUACAACUGACAAAACGUCAGAUGGUCAAAAUAGUGGUGAUGAUAACAAUACCGAUAAUAAUGUUAAAGAUUUGAAUAAAACUUCUAGAUCUUCAAAUGGCAAAGAUUUUGACACAGCAGAUGGUAAUGAUAAUGGAUCGGUAAAGAAUGAUGAUUCGUCUGUUACUGAAAAAUCUGUUAAUAAUUCAAACUUGAUCCAGGACAAUUCUGACUCUGACGAUGACAACAAAAAUCUUGGAGAUGAUACAGCAAAUAAAACUAAUGAAACUGGAACUGAUAAUCAAAAUGGCAAGGAAACGGGCAAUAACAAUAGUCAAACAAAUACCGAUACUUCGGACAGCGGCGCCGGCAAUGUAAAUGCUCCUUCAAACAAUGAUAAUUCAUCUGUCACUGACAAAACUAUAAGCGCUACGAAUGAUGACGAUGGAAUCAAUAAGGACAAACCCACUAAUUCUAUUCAGAAAGAUUCAGCAAUUGCUGAUAAUGAUAGUUCCACAAAGGUAGAUAAAAAUAACCAAACUACUGGUUCUGCAAACAAUGGUGAUUCAUCGGUAACUGACAAAACUUCUAAUGCAGCAAAUGCUGAUGACGGGAACAAAAAAGAUAAAAUCAAUGAUCACAUUCAUGACAUUUUGAGACACAAAGGGGGUGAUAAAGAUUCCACAGGUACUGAUAAUGAUGGAUCAACAGUAAAUGAUGCAUUAAACAAAACAUCAGGUUCAAACGGUAUUAGUAAUGACGGUCAAAAUAACACUUCAGGAUCAACAGACGAUGACUCAAAAACUGACAAUAACAACCAAUCCAGCCAGGAUGAUUCAACAAGUGGAACUGACAUUAAUAAAACUGGUAUUCAAAAUGGCGACAAAAACGGUAAAGAUUCCGAUAAAACAGUUGAAACAUCGAAAUCUAUAAAUGUCGAAGAUUCUAAUACUGGCAGUGUAGUUGACAACGGAUCUGCAACCAUUGAUCAUACAACUGACAAAACUACUGACACAAAGAAUAAUGGUGAUGUAGACAAUUCAGGUACCGUAGUAACUGAUAAGGAUAUUAAUGACGGUAAAGACACUGACAAUAUUAAUAAAACUUUGAACAUCGAUGAUUCUAACACCACAGAUGGCAGUAAUACAAGUACAAGUACAAGUGCAAGUACAAGUGCAAGUACAGCCAAUAACGACGACCAAAAUAACGACACUUCAGGAUUAACAAACGAUGACAAUUCUACUGGAAAUUCUGACCAAUCUAUUAAGGAUAACACAACAAAUGUGAUCGACAAUAAUGACAAUGGUAGUCAAAAUGACGACAAUAAGGAUACAAACGUUAAUAACUCCGAUAAAACAUCUAACUCUAGCGAUGGAAAUGAUAACGGAGCUCCAACCAAAGAUGUUACAUCUUUAACUGAUAAAGCUUCAGACUCUAAAGAUAAUGUAAACAACAAAAAGCACAUAAUACAUCACCAUAUUAAUCCAAUUUGGAGACACAAAAACAAAAAGGACGAUCAAACCGAUUCUGGGAACACCGACGGUACUUCAUCUACCAUUAUUGAUAAAUCUUCUGCAACUGAUAGCAAUGUAGAUACUGUAAACACAAAUAAUGAUACGGAUAAUAAUAAGGACGCUCCAAACGGCGACGGUUCUGAUGGAGGAAACAGUAAUGGCGAUGGAUCCACAAUUGAUAAUGACUCAAUUGUAAAUGACAAAACUUCAGAUGAUACAAACACUGGAGAAAAGGGUGUUAAUAUUGACCAUCAAGACACCAAACAUGUCGAUGUCAACACUUCUUCGAAUGUUAAUAAAUCGGCUGUAACUGACAAUACUUCAGACGCUGGAAAUACUUCUAGUGACGAUAACAGUGGCACUGAGAAAUCGAGUACAACAACAACUAGCUAUGAAAGUUCUGACUCUACUAACAGUAGCGUUGAUCAAUCCAUAAACAAUAACGAUGCAACUAUAACUACUAAUGACAACGAUCAAAACAGUUCUUCUACACAAACUGAUAAAUCAACUGUAUCUUCAACAGAUGGUAAUUCAGGCAGCCAAGGCCAAAUUACAAAAGACCAGACAAUAGCCGAAGACAAGAAUAACACAGAUAAUGUUGUGAACAGUAACCAAAAUGACAAUGAUAGUAAUCAGGAUUCUGAUAAGAACGUAGAAUCUUCGCAAGAUGAUAACUUUGAUGAUGGUAGCGAUGACGGAUACUUGAACAAUGAUGGUUCAAAUUCAAAUGAUAAUAUCAAUGAUAAGACAGAGAAUGUAAAUAAUGACGAUGGUACGAACAGCAAUAACAACGACGAUUCUAAUAAAACUGACAAAGUAUUGGACUCCGCAACAGAUUCUACCUCUGUAGGGAACGAUGAAAAUGGAACCAAUAUCGAUGGAAAUUCGGGAAAUACUGAAAAAUCUUCAGAUGUAAGUACUGACAAAGAUAACAGCGACAGCAACAAUGACCAGUCUGCAAAUGACGAUAACAGGGACCAAUCUACAACCAAUGAUAAAAAUAUAGGAAAUCAGAUCAAUAGUGGAAAUACUGACACAGUGAGCAAUACUGAUGGAAACACAUCAAGUGUUGGAUCUGACACUGAAAAUGGAUCUUCUAACGUUGACCAAACAGUUGUUGAAAGUAACGCAUCUUCAAGUUCUGUAACGACUGAUGGUGUUGAUAACAACAGUGGCAACGAUGACUCUAACAAUGAUAAUAUAUCAAACACAACAGAAAAUAACAAGAACAGUAAUGUUCCUAGCUCUGAUGAUGACCAAUUAAAGAACCAAAACGCAGUAGUUGGCAAAAAAGAUAAAAAUCAUACAAAAAACUGGUCGAAACUUCACAGAGUUUUGAAACAUAGGCGCAGACAUCAUACACCAAACAAAGCCGGUCAUAGCAACACAGGAGAUGAUGCGUCACAAACAAAUGCAGACAAAAAUCCAAGCGUUGCUGUUCAUAAAUCCUUAUCUACAACUGACAAUUUCUCAGCAUCCAAAGACCAGACCUCGAGUUCUAAAGACGGUACAGACAGUCAAACUAUUGCGAACAAUCAAUCGAACACUAAUGAUGAAGUAACUCAAACAGUUACAGACCAAACUAAUGAUAACGUAAACGACAAAUCAUCAGACAGCAAUAACACAGGAGGGGAUAGCGCUAAUGUAUCUGACGUAAAUAAUGAUGACAAUGAUAAAACUGAUUUAAACAAUCAAUCAUCAGUUACUCAAAGUGAAACAGUUUCAACUACUUCCACUACUAGCACUUCAAGCAGUAACGUAGAUAAAGAUUCAUCAGCGAAUGUAAACGGUGAAGUUUCUGAAUCCUCAACGACUGUUAGCAACAAUGACGACAAUUCAGACGCUACUGAUUCUACUGAUGGAAAUGGCAAUGACGAUUCAUCAGCAUCUGUGACAUCAAACUCUAAUGAUUCAACUAACAAGAACAGUGGAGAUGAUGCCAGUGAUUCAAAUACUGCUUAUGCCAAUGCAGUGUCUAAGACCGAAGCCAGAUCAGACAGCCAAACGAACGAAUCUCAAUAUAAUUCAAGUCAGUCUAAAAGUGCAAGUAAAACAACCAGCUUCGUAACUAACAAAGCUGCCGCUAAGAAGAAUAAGUUAGCUGAAAUCCUUAUACGAGUAACACAGAAUAAAGCUAAGAAAAAUCAAAAUGGCGGCUGUAAUGGACAGUCUAGAAAUACAACUUUAGGUAACCAGCAAUCUGACAAUUCGAAUUCUGACGUUUCUAAUCAUCAAGAAUCUUCUAGUAGUUACGCAAGUUCAGCAGGUGAAAGUCUAACUAACACGGGAGAAAAAGUUAUAGAUGAAAAGAAAUCUGGAGACAGCGGUCAUAGUGAACAGAGUCAAGAUUCUCAGUACUAAGAAGAACGGGACUCGGCCAGUGCCAGUCCAUAAGAAAGUUUUCGACUCAGUCCUGUCGUUUUAGAAAUGCAUUGUAAUUUCUCUUAUCUUGUGUAUAAGUACUUCCAUUCAGUAAAGUUUUAUUUUUUUGCUUUGUUUUUGAUUUUUAUUUGGAAUUCAUUGUGUAAUCAGGGACCCAAUUCACAUCCCUUCGAAACUUUUAAUGAUACCGGAUUAAGCUGCCUGUUUAAAAUCUGUAUCCAAGCCAUUUUAAUAACUACAUAGUUUGGAAAUUACCUAAGUAAACUGUCCGAAGUUUAAAGAAAAUUCGAAUAAACCCGAAAUAAUAUACAAAUCCAGCUAUCAAAAAAUCUUUUUUGACAAUUCAAUAAGAACAUUACUCUAC